AUGGCAGCUGCAGAUGAAAGUGAGCGAGUUACAGGUGAAGUGGUUUGCUCUAUUUGCCUGAAUUUAUUUAAAGACCCUGUUACUACUGACUGUGGACAUAACUUCUGCAGAGUCUGUAUCACAGAACUUUGUGAGAAAUCAAAUAGGAAUGUUUUCUGCCCACAGUGCCAAACGAAGCUUGUAAAGAAGAACCUCAGAUUGAAACAACAAUUGGAAAUUGCCACAGAAGGAAUUCAAAAUACAAAUUUGAAAGAGCUACAGCCAGACACAUGCCUGAAAGUGGAACAGGAGCGAUCAAAAGAAGGUCUUAUCUGCAGGGCGCAUAAUAAAACAAUAAAUCUCUUUUGUGAAGAAGAAAAACAAGCAGUCUGCAGUGUAUGCUGCUUGUCUAAUGGGUAUUGCAGUCAUAAUGUUAUUCCUAUUGAAGAGGCUAUAAGAAAAUACAAGGAGAAACUUGCAAAAUCAAUAUGCUCCCUGAAUGAACAGAUGGGUAGGAAUGAAAUAUUGCAAAAAGAAGAAGCAAAACACAUUAGGGAAAUAAAGAGUUUUUCUCCAUGGGUCUCCACUGAAAAGGAGUAUCCAGCCCAGCUGAAUUAUCUCAGUAAAGAAAUGCAAAUAAACGAGUAA